AUGCUGACAAUUCAGCUUUUCAUCCCUAACCUAUCAAAUAUUCAAUCAAAUUUCAUCAAAUCCAAACUGAAUUCAGCUAACCAAUCAAUUCACAGUGAUCCAAGUCUCUCUUUUUUGAAUUUCCGGAGCUUUGCCAGUUUGGAGCCCGGUGACGCGCUGCUCUCGGGCUGCGACUCCUAUCAAUUUCCUGACUCACUAUACUACGAGCGUGACAAUGCUUGUGCGCACUUUGGCGACUACGUACAAGUCAAACCAUUAGCCCCAUGCUUCAGCACUGGACACAUCUCGCCUAUGGCUUCGACUCCUUCCAGCCGCGGUCGGUCGCCAUCAGCAGCCGCGAAUGUCGUUCUUCCAUACCGCAUGCACGUCUCGCAGCGAUAUCUGGACCUCACGAGGCAGAAACUUGACAUUACACGGCUACCGAGAGAUCCAGAGAUGCAACAGUACCAGCAACGAUCACAAUUCGGGCUCUCGAAAGCAGCAUUGGAACCUCUGGUGGACCACUGGACUGAAGAUUACAGCUGGCGUGCACAGGACGCCUACUUUGACAAUACUCUUCCACAGUUUCGUGUGGUGAUACAUGGCGCCCGACUUCAUUUCAUCCAUCGACAGUCGCACCGUUGGCGGAUGCCAUCCCGCUCUUUAUCUAAUAUGAUUGACGCGCUGUGCAAUCCGGUCUUCACGCCACCAACAGGCGACGAUAAUGUGCCCGCUUUCCACGUAGUUGUGCCGAGCAUUCCGGGCUUUGGCUUCAGCAACCAGGUCAGCGAGGAGAGCAACAACAUUUCUACGACAGCGGAGUUGUUCGACAACUUAAUGAAGAGUCUUGGCUAUUCGCGGUAUAUCACGACUGGUUCGGGAUGCGCUAAUCAGUAUCGUAGGGGACUCAACAUUUGCCGAUUAAUGGCACUCACGCAUAGUAAAAGCUGCGUCGCACUUCACACGGCGAACCCCGAAGUACCUGAUCCACGGUCAUCAUUGAACCAGGACAACACGGUCGACCGUCCAUUGCAAUGGGAAAUCAAAGCAACUGACUAUGAGACAGAGUUAGCUUCAACUACAGCCCUCAAGGACUCUCGGUCCCAGUGCAUCUCGCCUCCACGAACUCCAGGUGUAUAUCAGCAGACGUCGCAACGUCCUCAGACAAUCGCUUAUGCCUUGUGCGAUUCUCCGGCAGGCCUGCUCGCAUACAUCGUCGAUGUGAUACAACCUUAUCGAAACCCAUUUAUGCGAACAAAUGACGAUGCUGCGGCUGGUCUUCAGGGGCCUUGGACGCCUACUUCACUAAUCAACUGGGCCAUGCUAUUUACUGGUGCAUGGGUAGCUAACAUGACAGCAGGUAUUGGCUUCCUGCCCAUGGUCUCCCAACUCUGGAUGACACACAGUAAUACACCUCUCGCAAUAUCGCAAUUCUCCGAUCAGAACAGUCCACCGAUAGGACCUGUCUGGGCGGAAGCAUAUCACAGAAUUGCCAUGAUCCGAAGAAGACCAGGGAGUGCUCGAUUUCCGGCAGACCUAGAAGUCUUGGUCGGACCUAAAUUCUUUGGAACAUAUGAUUUAUCUCCGUCACCAAUUGGACAUUGGGCAAAGAAUGUCUGCUUCAUAUACAUACAUGAAUGCCAAAAGCACGCGCCCUGA